CGCCGUCGGUUCUCGCCCAGGCCCAGGAAGUUGAGUCCCUGGCGGGGAGGACGGGCAGGUGCGUCCGCGCUGCCGAGCACGAAGUCGCUGGAGGGGCACACCUCGACGACACGCUCACAGACGGGAGUUCAGACACACACUUCCUGGCUUGCGUGCGAAGCGGGAUCGCAGGGCAAUAAUCCCUCCAUCUUCCCCGGGAGGUUCCGUGCCUGCAAGAUACACGGCACCCACUCGAUGCCACCGGGCCGCCACUGUCUGGGCCUGGGAUCUUGACCCACUUGCCUUCUGUACUUCAGGGUUUAGAGGCAGCAGCAGCAGCAGCCGCCGUCUUGGAUAACUUUUGAUGGAUUCAGGAGGCCUGGAGACCUCUUGUGUGCAGGCACCUGGACAUACUUUUCAUUCAGUCCUGCCCGAUGUUCCGACCUGGACUGCGGUGCCGACGAGGAAACCGAGGCUUAGCGGGAUCCCUAAUCCAAGGCCACGCCGAGUGAGCCUGCUGGGAUUCAAGCCAGGAGCCUGUCCCCAGGGAGCAUUUGUCACAGCCUUACCCUCUUCCGGGAGGAGCAACGCUUACCCUCGUGGACCAACAAUCGAAUUAACAUGCUGAUACACACAUGGGGUGAGUGACGCCCUCAAAUGCUUGCAAACACAGACACACACUCGGAAUUUCAGAAGCUGCUUCUGCUGUGUGUCCUGUCGCUUGGAAGGCACAGCCCCAGCAGCACCCAUACAAAAUGAGGUCUCCGAUUUAAGAUGCGAGGUGGCAGCUGCCCUUCCAGAAGCCAGUGGGGGAACCUGGGUGGCUGGGUGGGGACACCUGCAAGUCCUCCCUAAGCCAGCUACCACCCUACACUGUUGGCCUCCCUUCUCCAACUGUGGGGACGCUGCUCAGGCCUUUUGUGACAUCACACCCGAGAGUCCCUGGGGUCCAGUCAUUGCUGCUGGGCACAGCGAGGUCCAAGCUCAGGUCGCCCUGCCCCCUACCCCCCAUGCCAGAUCCAGCAUCGUUGUGGGCAAACAAUUAUCUGGAUGAUCUUUAUGGGGCUUAAGCUUGGGUGGGAGCAGAUGGGGCAUGAGCUGGGGAUUUGGGGAUGGGGGGAAUCCACACCCCCACAUCCUGGACAUUUAAAAGGCCCUCUCUGGCACUGGGCUGGGGCAGAGGCCAGCAGAAAAGUGACUGGAGUCCAGGGACAUGAUGGAUCAGGAGGAGAAGACGGAGGAAGGCUCAGGCCCCUGUACCGAGGUGAGAGGGCCCUGCCCCCACCCCACCCCCAGCUCAAGGUCUCAGAGCCCAUGAUUGACAAGACUAAUUAGUUUGUAGGGCACCUAAUUAGCGAGUGAGUCUCCUAGGACCCCCUGACCCAGUUGUGGCUGUAGAAAGGGGCUGGUGGGCUUGGGGGUCUGAGUGCCAGGCCCCAGGGCAGAGGGCAGGGCUCUCCGUAUGGACCCCUAUUGAUGGGAGAUGCUGGGACCUGGGGGUAGCUCCUGGGCCAUGUUUCCCUGAUUCGUGUCCCAGCUCCCAGGCCACACUCAUCAGGCCCCAAUCUAGGACAGCGGGACACUGGCAUCGGAGCCUGUCCCUUGAGGCGGUACCACGUGAAGUGGCACUGCUGGCCAGGGCCCCUGGGGCGGGGGCCAGGAUUGGGAAGGAGACUCAUGUCUCAUUCAGAACAGCUCUGCAGAGAGGAUCGGCGGGGACCAUGGCGGGCUCCCCAGACCAGGAGGGCUUCUUCAAUCUGCUGAGCCACGUGCAGGGCGACCGGAUGGAGGGGCAGCGCUGUUCACUGCAGGCUGGGCCGGGCCAGACCACCAAGAGCCAGAGCGACCCCACCCCCGAGAUGGACAGCCUCAUGGACAUGCUGGCCAGUACCCAGGGCCGCCGCAUGGAUGACCAACGUGUGACAGUCAGCAGCCUGCCCGGCUUCCAGCCCGUGGGGUCCAAGGACGGAGCACAGAAACGAGCUGGGACCCUCAGUCCCCAACCCCUGCUCACCCCUCAGGACCCGACUGCUCUCAGCUUCCGUCGGAACAGCAGCCCCCAGCCCCCGACACAAGCCCCCUGAGGGCCUGAGGCAUCCUGGGUCUCACUCGGCCCCGAAAAACUGAUAAAAGAAUAAAACACUUAAAUGAAUAA